UUACCAUGGAAGAAACUCAUAGCCGUGCCACAAACUUGGAUCUAAAGUAAUGUUCUUUUACCUUCAAGUCGGCAUUCUUCCGGGUUGGAGCAGUCACCCUCGGGCCAAUUCAACCCCGCGCAUCCCCUCAAUGCGUAGAUCCAAAGGUGAUACGACAGCAAGAAAUCAGCAGGAUUCUCCGACGGGGGGCUUGUACUGCUAUGGCAUUUAAGUGUAGACCUGCCAACCUUGAGACGCAGCCCUCUCCUCAACCAAACUCCACCUUGAGCCUUCAACAACAUGGCUUUUUCCGUCAAAGGAAAGUCUGCCAUUGUAACAGGUGCAGGUUCAGGCAUCAACCUAUGUUUCGCCAAACUCCUGCUUGAGAAUGGGUGCAACGUCCUAAUCGCAGACCUUGCCCUUCGACCUGAGGCGCAGGAGGUGGUGAACAAUUAUACCAGUCAGUCAAACACGCCCAGUCGAGCCGUCUUCCAGAAAACAGAUGUCGUCGACUGGGUGCAGCUAGACAGAAUGUUUGAGGUUGCGGUGAGAGAGUUUGGUGAUGUCGACAUUGUAUGUCCAGGUGCUGGGAUCUACGAACCGCACUGGUCCAAUUUCUGGAGACCUCCCGGGUCUCCAGAAAGCCGUGAUCGACGAGAUGGAGGUCGAUACGCUUUGCUGGAUAUCAACCUGACACAUCCGAUCCGCACGACUCAGUUGGCUAUAUCUCACUUUCUACGCAAUCGAAGUAGCAAAAGGCCGAAGCAUAUCAUCCAUAUUUCCAGUAUCGCGGGGCAGAGCCCAGCACUGGCCGCGCCAAUAUAUGUAGCAACGAAACACGCCAUCAAUGGCCUGGUUAGAUCGUUGGCCAAGCUUGACAGCAGUUUUGGCAUCCGUGUGACUGCUGUUGCACCAGGGGUCAUCAAAACACCUCUGUGGACGGAUCAUCCAGAAAAACUGAAGAUGGUCGACGACAAAGCCGAUGAAUGGGUAACCCAGAAGAGGUGGCUGAAGUGAUGCUAGCUCUCAUUCAGCAGGACAGUGUCAGCGAGAUUAUUGGAGACAAAUCAGGCAGAGGCACCCAAUUCCCGUGCAAGGGGGGACGGUCUUGGAAGUCUCCAAGAGCGUACGCGCUGUGAGUGCAUUCAAUGACCCUGGACCAACAGGACGACGGGGAAACACUGUGUCGGACAUGAACAAGGUAGAGGAUGAGGUAUAUGAUUUGCUUUCGACGGAAGGAUGGGGAGCGCCAAAGACAAAUCUCUAGUUUUACUUCAUGUAGCUUCAGUGGGGAGUAUGAUGAAGAACGCUUUGAUAGUGGACAAUAAUAACAUGGAG